AGGGGGCGGGACGUCCGUGUUCUCGGAGCUCGUUGCGGCUCUCGGCUCUCGGGAAGAGGUGGCUGUGCGGGGCCCCGCGCUCGCGGCUUUCCGAAUUCCGAAGCCCCGGGUUGCUUCGAGGGAGGAGAAUCUGCUGCGGCCGAUCCCGCGACACUCCUGACCUCCGCGCGACGUGCCCGCCGCCGCUGUUGGUUGGAGCAUUUGACAUUGUGCAGCAAAGAAAUGGUUAUGGAGAAGCCCAGUCCGCUGCUUGUGGGGCGGGAGUUUGUGAGGCAAUAUUAUACUUUGCUGAAUAAAGCUCCCGAGUAUUUGCACAGGUUUUAUGGCAGGAAUUCCUCGUAUGUUCAUGGUGGAGUGGAUGCCAGUGGAAAGCCCCAGGAAGCGGUUUAUGGCCAAAAUGAUAUACACCACAAAGUGUUAUCUCUGAACUUCAGUGAAUGUCAUACCAAAAUUCGUCAUGUGGAUGCUCAUGCAACUUUGAGUGAUGGUGUAGUGGUACAGGUCAUGGGCUUGCUGUCUAACAGUGGACAGCCUGAGAGGAAGUUUAUGCAAACCUUUGUUCUGGCUCCAGAAGGAUCUGUUCCAAAUAAAUUUUAUGUUCACAAUGAUAUGUUUCGUUAUGAAGAUGAAGUAUUUGGUGAUUCUGAACCAGAACUUGAUGAAGAGUCAGAAGAUGAAGUGGAAGAGGAGCAAGAAGACAGGCAGCCGUCUCCUGAACCUGUGCAAGAGAAUGCUAACAGCACUUACUAUGAUGCCCACCCUGUGACUAAUGGCAUAGAGGAGCCUUUAGAAGAAUCCUCUCAUGAACCUGAACCUGAGCCAGAAUCUGAAACAAAGACUGAAGAGCUGAAACCACAAGUAGAGGAGAAACACUUGGAAGAGCUAGAGGAGAAGUCAGCCACUCCUCCUCCUGCUGAGCCUGCUUCUCUGCCUCAAGAACCACCAAAGGCUUUCUCCUGGGCUUCAGUGACCAGUAAAAACCUGCCUCCUAGUGGUACUGUUUCUUCCUCUGGAAUUCCACCCCAUGUUAAAGCACCAGUCUCACAGCCAAGGGUUGACGCUAAGCCAGAAGUUCAGUCUCAGCCACCACGUGUGCGCGAACAGCGACCUCGAGAGCGACCUGGUUUCCCUCCUCGAGGACCAAGGCCAGGCAGAGGAGAUAUGGAACAGAAUGACUCUGACAACCGGAGAAUAAUUCGCUAUCCGGACAGUCAUCAGCUUUUCGUUGGUAACUUGCCUCAUGAUAUUGAUGAAAAUGAACUGAAAGAAUUCUUUAUGAGUUUUGGAAACGUUGUGGAACUUCGCAUCAAUACCAAGGGUGUUGGGGGAAAACUUCCAAAUUUUGGUUUUGUGGUUUUUGAUGACUCUGAACCAGUUCAGAGAAUCUUAAUUGCAAAACCAAUUAUGUUUCGAGGAGAAGUACGUUUAAAUGUGGAAGAGAAAAAAACAAGAGCUGCCAGAGAGCGAGAAACCAGAGGUGGUGGCGAUGACCGCAGGGAUAUCAGACGCAAUGACCGGGGUCCUGGUGGUCCACGCGGAAUUGUGGGUGGUGGAAUGAUGCGUGAUCGUGAUGGAAGAGGUCCCUUAAUAACGAGAGAGACUUCAUUUCCCGGCCUCUCGUACGACGUCAGCAUCUGCUUGGUAAUGGUCUUCCGAUCUUGCCCAGUCAUGGCUCAUCUAGUCUUCAAGCAGAAGGCAAGUUUUAAGCUCCAGCUUGCGCCCGCCUCUCUCGCUUUCACGUCCUCUCUGGGCUCUACUCCAAAUCUUUACCAGGUUGGCGGCGUCCCAGGGUCCUUUUUCCUGUCAGGUCUGUCAACAGAGCUCAUCCCUCCAAUUUCGGCUAAAACUACUAGGCUCUUCCGGUCCACCGCCCGGAACCGAAAGGAAGCGAGGAAUCGCGGCUGGGCGGAACCUCCCCGGGUGGGGCCCGCGCCCCGCAGCGCCCCGCCGCGCCGCGGGCGGGCAAGCUGGGAAAUCUCAUGGUCUCCUCAGUCCCAGCGCACCGUGCGUCACCUUGGCUCUCCUCGUGGCCACUGGGGCAACCUGCGGUCCCCUGAGAGCAGAGGUCUCCUGGCGCCCGCAGAAAGGUCCCUACAAACUUUAAGACCAUAG